AUGGCUGCUAAUGAAGUCCGAGGUACUCCGGAAGAGAGUUUUUCUAUGAUACACUCGUAUAUGUACAUGCUUAAGUUGAAGAAUCCUGACUCAGUAAGUUAUGUUGAAGUGGAUGCGGCGAAAAGAUUUAAGUAUCUAUUUUUCGCAUUCGGAGCUUCCAUAGAAGGGUUCACAGCGAUGAGGAAAGUUAUCAUUGUGGAUGGAACACAUCUUAAGCAUGUUUAUAGUGGAGUUCUGCUUGUUGCGACGGGUCAAGAUCCUGAUCGUCACCACUACCCUAUCGCAUUUGGUGUAGUUGAUGGUGAGAAAGAAGAAAGCUGGACGUGGUUUAUGAAUAAGCUGAGAGACGCUUGCGCAAGCAAGUUUACAGAGUGUGCACAUGCUUAUACAGUGGCUGAGUUCGAUGAUCUCUAUGAGAGCUUUUCCAGAAGGUAUCCUUCUGCUGCGGCGUAUCUGGAGAAAAGUGUUGAAGUGAGAAAAUGGGCAAGAUGUUACUUUGAAGGAGACAGAUACAAUGUUAACACAACCAAUGCAGCAAAAUCCAUUAAUGGUGUUCUUCGGAAAGCGAGGAAAUUCUUCUUGCUACCGAUGAUUGAUGUUAUCAUCAAGAAAAUGGCUGAAUGGUUUAACAAACAUAGGAAGAAGGCAGCUGAAAUACCAGUCAUAAAGAAGCUUGUGCCAACAGUGGAAAAGGAGUUGUCAAAAAGAUGUUUGGAAGCGAGGUGUUUAGAUGUUGUUGAGAUAAACAGCUUCCACCUUGAGUACAAUGUCAAUGGUGUUUUGAUCUAG